UUAUUUUUAUGCUGUCCCCCCGGACCCCGCAUUCGCUGUAUCCGCUCUCCCCAGACCCCGCAUUCGCUGUAUCCGCUCUCCCCAGACCCCGCAUUCGCUGUAUCCGCUCUCCCCAGGACCCCGCAUUCGCUGUAUCCGCUCUCCCCCCCGGACCCCGCAUUCGCUGUAUCCGCUCUCCCCGGACCCCGCAUUCGCUGUAUCCGCUCUCCCCCCGGACCCCGCAUUCGCUGUAUCCGCUCUCCCCGGACCCCGCAUGCGCUGUAUCCGCUCUCCCCGGACCCCGCAUGCGCUGUAUCCGCUCUCCCCGGACCCCGCAUGCGCUGUAUCCGCUCUCCCCGGACCCCGCAUUCGCUGUAUCCGCUCUCCCCGGACCCCGCAUGCGCUGUAUCCGCUCUCCCCGGACCCCGCAUGCGCUGUAUCCGCUCUCCCCGGACCCCGCAUGCGCUGUAUCCGCUCUCCCCGGACCCCGCAUGCGCUGUAUCCGCUCUCCCCGGACCCCGCAUGCGCUGUAUCCGCUCUCCCCGGACCCCGCAUGCGCUGUAUCCGCUCUCCCCGGACCCCGCAUGCGCUGUAUCCGCUCUCCCCGGACCCCGCAUGCGCUGUAUCCGCUCUCCCCGGACCCCGCAUGCGCUGUAUCCGCUCUCCCCGGACCCCGCAUGCGCUGUAUCCCCGCUCUCCCCGGACCCCGCAUGCGCUGUAUC